AUGCUUCAAAAAAGUUUUUUUCUUUUUUUUCGUUGCGCGAGAAUAACGCAUGCCACACUUCAUGCGAGCGAAAUAUCUACACCAGAACGAUCUACCGUAAAUUCAAAGAACCGAAAGGAGCUAAAGACACCGCUUUGCAUCGAAUUAAUUAGCAAAAUGUCUUCACAGGGCUACUUCCCGAUGUCACAGUUUGUAAAGGAAUGCCUGACUCACCCACAACACGGAUAUUACACUGCAAAAAAGCAUGUUAUUGGUAGUGAAAAGGCUGAUUUUAUUACGGCAGCCGAGAUACCAUUCUUUGCCGAUGUAAUUUCUGCUUGGAUCAUGGAUGCCUGGCAGAAAAUGGGGACACCCAGGGCUUUUCAUUUAAUUGAAUUAGGCCCUGGCAGGGGUACGCUCAUGAAAAACAUCUUGAAGCAGACCAAAUACUCCAAUCCUCACUUACUUCACUUUUUACAGAUUCACCUUGUGGAAGUUGGGGCGGCUCGUAUGGAGGAACAGAAAAGCGCCCUUGCUGAGUUUCAGACUGCCCAAGGGAAGAUAAAAUGGUGGAUGGAUUUGGAAUCAAUUCCAUUUUCACUAGAACCAACAAUUUUUAUAGCCAACGAGUACUUUGACGCUCUUCCCGUUGCUCAAUUUCGCUAUACAGAGCGAGGUUGGGUAGAGACCUGCCUGGAGGUUGAUGAAGAUCCUGCAAAUGAGUCUCAUUUCCGCAUGGUACAUGCACCAUCCGGGUCUUUCUCGGCAUAUCUUAUACCUAAUGAUAUUCGUUCACGUGGAAAACUAGGUGAUUGUAUUGAGGUUAAUGCGGUUGGGAUGCAAACCAUGGAAUUGAUUAUGAAAAAGAUGGUCGAUUGCCAAAAAGCGGCUUGCCUUAUAAUUGAUUACGGAAAGGAUGAACAUAUGCAUAGUACAUUGAGGGGAAUACGUGGGCAUAGGUUUGUAGAUCCUCUUCUUUCUCCUGGAGAGGUGGAUCUUUCAUCGUGGGUGAGCUUUAAACAAUUGCGAUGGGCAUUAGAACGCCUGGAAACAGCCAGACGUCAUUUAAAAUGGUUUCCUUUAAUGACACAAAGGGAAUUUCUUCAAUGGGGUGGAAUUGAUGUCCGACUAGCACAUGUCAUUAAAGAUGAAGAAACGAAAACCGCCAUGAAAAUUUUACAGAAUUAUCGCAGACUCAUGGAUGUAGAUGAAAUGGGGAAUAGCUAUAAGGUAUUUGUAGCACAAACACGAAGCUUUCCCAAUGUGUCCCCUUUUUUUCAGGAAUUGCCUUUGCCUCCACUCUAA